AUGCACGCGAAUCUCGUCACUGCCCCGGUGCGGGCGACUCUUCUGUCCGGCCGCGUUUCCCUCGCCCCGUUCGUCCACCCCGCCAGUUCCACAGGCUUGUACCAGUCGGUCUCGUGCAAGUCCGCUCGCCCAGCCAGCACAGUAGCGACACAACUCCAGCGCCUCUCCGCCCGGCCUACUCCUCGUUCCAGCACUCCUUUCCUCAUCCCCUACACCACGUCCCUUCGCGCAAACUCCACCGAUGCCUCGGCCUCGGCCUCGGCCGCCACCCGCAACGAGGCCGCCAAGCUGGACUGGAACUCCUUCUUCAAGCUGCGGGCCUCCCGUCGACGGUACUCGCUCGCGUCGUCGGUCAUCAGCUCGAUGGCCAGCACCGUGGUCGGCGUGCAGGUGCUCUCCAACCAGGAUCUGGAGCACUUCGGCGCCCAGGUGAUGGGGCUGGAUCCGUUUGUGGUGCUGGGCAUGGCGACGGCUGCCUGCGGUGCCGUGGGCUGGCUGGUCGGGCCGUUUGUCGGGAAUGCCGUCUGGGGGUUGGUGUAUCGGCGCUACAAGCCUUCGGUGGUGAUUAAAGAGAAAGAGUUCUACGACCGCAUCAAGCGCUUCCGCGUCGACCCCUCGUCCAACUCGAUCGCCAACCCCGUCCCAGACUACUACGGAGAGAAGAUCGGCAGUGUGCAGGGUUAUCGCCAGUGGCUGAAGGACCAGCGCGCGUACAACCGCAAGAGACGCCAUUUCAUCCUGUAA